AUGUUGGAGUUCUAUACGAAUAUAAAUCCUGGAUUGAUGCAGGAGAGCAUGCAGCCCCCGCUCACCUGCGCCGGCAGAACAGAACUAAGCGCAAGUAUCAAACGGGAGAAGAUCGUCGAGAUCUGCGAGGGAUGCGGCCAGAAGAUUCAGGACCGUUACCUCAUGCGGGUGGGGGAGCUCUCCUGGCACGAGCACUGCCUCAGCUGCUGCGUGUGCGGCUGCCCUCUCGCUCACACCUGCUUCACCAGGAACGCCAAACUCUACUGCAAACCCGACUACGAUAGAUUGUUCGGGGUCAAGUGCACGAGGUGCGGCGAUCGUCUUCUUCCCCAAGAGAUGGUCAUGAGAGCUCAACAGUAUGUGUUCCAUAUACAAUGUUUCGUCUGCGUUAUGUGUUGUCAACCACUACAAAAGGGAGAACAAUAUGUCAUCAGAGCAGGACAAAUAUUCUGCAGACAAGAUUUUGAGAAAGAAAUGUAUUUGAUGCAACACGCCGAAGAUGACAUGAUCAUUGACGAUUCGGAACGACCUCGCGAUGGAAGAAGAGGUCCGAAACGCCCUCGAACCAUUCUGACGUCGGCACAGAGGAGGCAAUUUAAAGCCUCGUUCGAAGUGAGCCCAAAACCCUGUCGUAAAGUUCGUGAAGCACUCGCCAAAGACACCGGAUUGAGCGUGCGAGUUGUUCAAGUUUGGUUCCAGAAUCAGAGGGCUAAAAUGAAAAAGAUACAACGAAAGGCAAAACAAGAGGGAGAUAAAAACAACGAGAAAGAGAAAGACAAAGAUGAGAAGAAUAUCAAACAAGAGUCUCCAUCAAGCGAACACGGGAACUAUUUAGGCCUGGACGGAUCUUACUCCGCGUCGAGUCAACCGCUCAAUCCCAACUUACCAUAUUCCCCAGACGAUUACCCGGCACAUUCAGGAGACAGCUUCUGCAGUUCCGACAUCUCUUUAGACGGAAGCAACUUCGACCAGCUCGACGAAGGGACCUCCGACACUAUGAGCUUGCAAAACCUGGAAGUCCAGCAUCAUUCCCAUCAGCAUUCAGCACACUCCGCGCAUGAACCGUUGAACCUCGGGACCGGCGCUGUAGUUAAUCCCAUAGACAAGCUGUACCUUAUGCAAAACUCCUACUUCAGUACAGAUCAUUGA